CACGGAACACUUCUCCUGCCACACACAAGAUGGCCAUAGUAGUUUACCUACCCAGCAUGCAUUGCGUGCGGAAGUGAGUGGCUGGGACCUGGUGAUGGGUAACUAGGGUGCAAGAGGUCUUCACCAUGUACAGUCUGCUUUCUGGGCUGUACAAGUACAUGUUUCAGAAGGAUGAAUACUGUAUCCUUAUCCUGGGGCUGGAUAAUGCUGGCAAAACGACUUUCCUGGAACAAACUAAGAUUAGAUUUAGCCGGAAUUACAAGGGAAUGAACCUGUCGAAGAUAACAACUACAGUGGGACUUAACAUUGGUACCAUAGAUGUGGGAAAGGUCCGUCUGAUGUUCUGGGAUCUGGGAGGUCAGGAGGAGCUACAGUCGCUUUGGGAUAAGUAUUAUGCAGAGUCCCAUGGGGUGAUUUAUGUUAUUGAUUCCACAGAUGAAGCACGGCUUUCUGAGUCCAAGCGAGCUUUUGAGCUGAUGAUCAGCAGUGAGGCUUUGGAGGGAGUGCCUAUCCUUGUGCUGGCAAACAAGCAGGAUGUGGAGGGCUGUCUUUCCAUUCCUGACAUCAAGACAGCUUUCAGUGACUGCAUUAACAAAAUUGGAAAAAGAGACUGUUUGACUCAGGCCUGCUCUGCACUUUCUGGGAGAGGCUUGAAUGAAGGUGUUGAAUGGAUGGUGAAAUGUGUAGUGAGGAAUAUUCACCGACCCCCAAGACAGAAGGAUAUCACAUAGGAUUCAAUGUGCUUUUGUAUAACAUCCCCUUCCUAUAUGGUGCCUGGGAAGGGGUAAGAGGUGAAGAUAUGGCACAAAGUGUCCUCACACUCUGUAUUUUUACACAAAUGUGUGUAUAUGUAUAUAUAUGAAUAUUUCCUUUCUUGUGUAUAGUUACCUCCCUGUAGUGACAGUUUGCCCCAGUGUUCUCUCAGUGUCCACUGUGAUGCUUGAUUGUGCCACUGACUGACACUUCAAAAAAAAUGUUCUUGUUAUAUUCUUUUGGUUUGGGUUCUUAUCAUUGUGCUUUUGUUCUCUGGCACAGAAGUGAUUAAAUGGGGCUUUUUAUUUUAUUUCAGAUUAUAGCCAGAUGAAAUGAAGGCUGAGCAAUAACUCUUUAUAAAGCAACAUAUACAUAAUAAUUUACUUCCUUCUGACAAUAUUUCCUCUCAUUUGUGUAUUUAGAUCACUAUUCUUAUGUCUGAUCAUGUUGAAAGUUCUGUCCUAAAUUCACCAGUAAAGUGCAACAGAGAUGGACAUAAAAUGUGAUCCAAGAAGCACAUCCCUAUAUCAUGAGUAACUGUGUUUUUGCUGUCACAAGCCAUUGAUCUGUUUAAUUUUCUCUACCUCAUAUUUCUUGUAUUCCAACCUACAGGAAAGGAAAGUGAAUCUAAGGGAGGGGGAUAUACACAGUAGUUGGAAAUAUCACUACAGUACUCCAGUCAGGAAAAAAUGUUCCAAAGCAAAAAGCUACAAGUUUAAUAGUCUUAUUCGUCCGAUACAAAUAGCUAGUCCCAAACCAGUGGAAAUUCCAGUACAGGGGAUCUCACAGCAGGAAACUUUGUCCUAAUGAAGGUGUUAAUUAUAACUGCAGCAAAGCAGCACUGCACAUGAGAUAGCAAAACAAUGAUGCUUACCCUCCCUGCAGCUUUACAGCCAAGAUAUGUCUUUGUUAUAAAGAGAUUAAGAUGGCAGCUCAGACUGUGAACAGUUAUGAAAGGGACACUAAAGUUAAAAUAACCUUUUAUGAUUCAGAAAGAGCAUGCAGUUUUAAGGCACUUUCCAAUUUACUUCCAUUAUCGCAAUGUGCACAGUCUUUUUAUAUUCACACUUUUUGGGAAACAAGAUCCUACUAAGCAUGUGCACAAGCUGACAGGGUAUACAUAUAAUAGUCUGUGAUUGGCUGAUGUCUGUCACAUGAUACAGGGGGCCAAAAAGUUGGAGAAAAAAUAAAUUGUAUGAGAAAAAAAAAUCUACUGCUUAUUUGAAAUUCAGAGUAGGUGUUAAAUCAUUGUCUUUUUAUCAUGCACGUGUUAAUCAUGCAAUUCUACUGCAUUGAGUGGUCCUGGGAGGUCUGAGUUUCAGAUACCAUAUAUUUUUUAGAUGGAUUCAUGAUGGCUCUAAGUGGGGUGUUUAAAUUUUGCCAUUACUGCUGCAAACAGAACCACAAAUGAAGGUUCUCAAAUCUGCAUCUCAACCAUACCUUUGGAUAGUGUUUACCCCUCCAGGCCAGAAGAUAGUUACCACAUUUACUAUCACUUAUUGCUGAAAUAAGCAUCAGAUACUCUUGCCCUUGUCUGGAAUAGUUGCCAGAUUUCUCUCUUGUUGCUGUUCCUUCAAAUCAUAUUAUAGGAAACAUCACUUUAUAGAUCCCUAGUCAGAUGUCACUUAGAAUACCGCUUACAGAUGUAUUAAUUAUUCAAAGUAUAGCUAUUAAUAUGGUGCAUAGUAAAAAAAAAAAUAACUUGGAAGAAGGGAAGUAUAUAAGAUAUUUAUUAAUGCUCUAAAGUCUAAAAAUGUAAAAUAAUUCAAUAAUGCUAAUGUCUAGCUACCCUUUUGGUUGUUAGUCUUAACGAAGCAUCAAAUUAAAACUGCAGCAACUGAGAUCUGGGUAGUGGAUAAGACCCCCAUUUUUACAUAUAAAUAGUAUUUAUAGUGUGCAUGUUUUGACUAAUAAACCAAUUUGAGAGAGGUUCUGUACACUUAACAUACAGUAUGCCAGUGACUACAAUUUAUAAAAGACUCGCUGAGUAGAAAACUCUCGCCUACAGAAAAUGAACUGAUUUUUGUUCUAAUUUCUACCAUAUGAGCCUGAAGAAUUAUGUAGCUAUAUACUGUUAUUAUUAAAAAUGUGUAUGAUCA